AUGUCGGCCCAGUUAGAGGAUUUUACCUCCCAGCUAGUACCUGGUGAUGUCGACGUUCCAGAUGAUAAGAUAAUUGACGACAUUUUCGCCGAAAAAGUCACCAAACACGCGGCUGACGCCAUUGACUACGAAGACAUAGAUGAACUUGCAGACGAUGAACUACCCGAAGAGGAACCCCUCAUAGACGAACAUGAACAAGCACCGCUACCUCUGGGAGUAACUGUGGCCGAAGAGGAGGACCUACAGGUGGCAGCGGAUAACGAGUUUGAUGAUAUAUUUGGAGGUGAGGAAACAGAGCAGAAUGCGCUUCCACAAGACUCAUAUCUACAUAAUAUCGGUGGCGACAUCCUAGAUGGGUCUGACGGCUUGCAUGAUUUCGGCGCCUCUGCUGGUUUUGAGGACGAUGGACUCCACGACAUGGGCCUAGGGUUCGAGGAGGAAGAACACUUUACUGAGCCUACUGUUCCCAAAAGCAAAAAGCGUAGAUCACCUGAAGAAAUUUCAGCACGUGCACAAAAGUUACAAAAGCUUGUUGCCAACAUGGAAAUCUCCUACAAACCUAGAAUGUUGGCAAAGUACUUUCCAACCUAUACCCAGGAUAAACCCUUCAACUUUAGCACAAUAAUUCUGCUGGAACCGAAGUUCUUCAGCUAUAAGCGUCCUGCAAUUGCAUUUAAAAGCCACCAAAAGGCUCUCAUUCCCCUUAAACUCACACUUGAAAUCGAACCUGACCAAAGGAAGGCUUUCAAGUCAAAGCGCGGCUUGGACAGCAUGCAGACCACUACGAAGGGAAUACGGUCUAUUUCGGCGGAAGAUAUGGAUCUCAUCGAAGAACUACAGUCCAGAAAUGACCUACUAAGCAGGAUUGAAAUGGUACCACUUCUAGCAAAGCAGGGAGAGGAAAGUGACAAGUUUAUCGAAUUCGACAAAGACUUGAUAUUAGCAACAGCUGAUUGGGAUGAUCAAGGUAUUUUAAGUGCGGGCGAGUCUGAAGAUGAGACAUCCCUCAAUGACAAAAAGGUUUCUGAGGCGUACGACUCCGGAGAGCUUUCCUACGAUGACGAAGACAUAUUUAAUGGUAGCGUCGCCAGAGAUACGCUACAGUUGAACAUGAACGAUCCUAAUCUCUUAUUCGUACCUGCUUCAAAAAGAAAGGACAACGCCAAAUCUAAAGCAGUCAUACCCACUGACAAUAAGCUUUUGCAGCUGAAGUUCAACAUAUCCAAUGAUAAAGCUUAUGAAAUUUUGACCAACAAUUAUAACGCAAAGGUGAGAAGUCAAUUGAGUAACUUGAAUAUCGAGCAUUCCGUUCCUGCCAUGCGACUUCAAACACCAUACUACAAGAUCAGAUUGUCUAAAGAAGAAGCCAGAGCUUUUCAUCGUGCUCGUUUCCAAGUCCGUCAAGGUCUGUUGAUUUGCUUUUCGAAAGUGAAGAUGAGAAAGAAGAAAAAGGAUCGUGGAAAGACUUCGAAGGAAAUUUUCCGCAAAACCUCAGACUUGACAGCAGUGGACUCCUCUACAUUGAUCGGUAUGGAGUACUGUGAGGAGAAUCCUAACAUCCUUUCCAAUUUCGGUAUGGGAAGUAAAAUCAUCAACUAUUACCGCAAAGAAAAAGAAGAAGACAGCUCUCGUCCAAAAGCUCCUCUUGGUGAAACUCAUGUUCUUGGAGUUGAGGAUAGAUCGCCAUUCUGGAACUUUGGUCACGUCGCCAAAGGUGAUUUUGUGCCCACAUUAUACAACAAUAUGAUGAGAGCACCUAUCUUCAAACAAGAGCCAAAGCAAACAGACUUUUUGCUUAUAAGAUCGCAGGGAUGUGGAAACCACCAGAAAUACUACCUCCGUCCAGUGGACCACUUGUUUACAGUUGGAAAUGUUUUCCCUGCUGUAGAAGUUCCAGCUCCUCAUUCCAGAAAAGUCACUAACACUUCCAAAAACAGAUUGAAAAUGAUCGUUUUCAGAACUAUGAACAAGAAUGGCAACGGACGGUUGGCUGUUAAAGAUAUUGCUCUGCAUUUCCCUGACCAGAACGAUAUGCAAAAUAGACAGAGACUCAAGGAGUUUAUGGAGUACAUCAGAAAAGGUGAUGAUCAGAAUUAUUGGAAAAUUAAGGGAGUUGACACAGUGCCAUCUGAGGAGGAGAUUAAGGCAAUGAUUUCGCCCGAGGAUGCAACACUUCUCGAUUGUAUGCAACACGGACAACAAUCUUUGGAUGACAUCGAUACUCUUUUCGGCGAUGACAACAAGAAAUUUGAUCCCAAGAAAGACAAGAAGGAUCGCGAGAAAGAAGACACGGAACUUGAGAAGAAAGAUACCGAGAAAAAGAGAAAGGAUAAAGAUGUUGAUAUUGAUGAGACUAUUGAUGAGGGCUUGACGCCAUGGAGCUCAUCGCGGAGUUUCAUUAUUUCAAACCAAACAAAAGCUAUGCUUCAGCUCAAUGGUGAAGGAGAUCCAUCUGGUAUUGGCCUCGGUUUCUCUCUCAUUAGAGCUACGCAAAAGCACGGGUUCAAACCACUCAUUCCUCCUCCUAAAGAAAGUGUUCCAAAAGUAACAAAUGCGUCCUACCAACAAAAACUUUAUGAGAGUGAGAUUAAUAGGAUCUGGUAUGCUCAAAGAAGCUCCUUAACUGUUGAUGAUACCGAGGGUCACACUCUCAACGAUAUCUACAAGGAGUACAAGCCUAUCAACCAUCUAGCAUUCAUCAAACAAAAGAUUGAAAAAGAGAAAGAGGAUAAAAUCAAAAGCGAGGGUGCUCAAUCCGCAAAUCAAAAUGUGUUAAAAAUCACAAGACAUGUCCGGGACCAAAAUAACAUUGUACAAAGAAAGGUUGAGUACAUUCAUGAUCCACGCCUCAUAAAAGCAUACAUCAAGAGAAAGAAGCAAAUUGAAGGUGACAAGAUGUCCAUGGCAGACGUUAAGGAGAUCAUUCCAACAAAUGACGCUGAAAUGAACAAAAUUCGUCGUAAGGCUUUAGAGGUCAAGAUUGCAAACUUGACCAAAAGACAAAAACUUAGUAAGGGACGUAAACCUAACAAGGAUCCUAUACACCUUGCCGCCGCUGCCGGUGGCACAAUCAUCAAUGCUAACACCGUUUUGUUACCUACAGGAGUUUAUGCUAUAGGUGGUAAAGGUAUUGGUAAAGGAAAAAGUAAAACUCGACGCUGCGCGUCUUGUGGUGCUUUUGGUCACAUCCGUACCAACAAGUCGUGUCCAUUGUACUCACACACCAAAGGAGGAACAGUGCAAAUUCCUCAAGAGCAAAAGGAUAUUCUCUUGGCGGCCGCCAAGGAAAAGGCUGGCGUGGAUGCUUCAAGUGGGUCUCCAUCGGUCCCUCCAGAAACAUUCGAGAGCGUUGGUGCUUCAGGCCCUGGAGAUUAUUCGACAAAAGAAGAAACACCGGUGAUUGGCGAAUAA